AUGGUAGUGACCCAGAAGGUAGUGACCAAGAAAGUAGUGCCCCCGAUGGUAGUGACCCAGAAAGUAGUGACCCACAAGGUAGUAACCGAGAAGGUAGUGACCCAGAUGGUAGCGACCAAGAAGGUAGUGACAAAGAAGGUAGUGACACUGAAGGUAGUGACCCAGAAGGUAGUGACCAGAAGAAGUAGUGCCCCAGAAGUGACCCAGAAGGGAGUAACCCAGAAGGUAGUGACCCUGAAGGUAGCGACCCACAAGGUAGUGACCCAGAUGGUAGUGACCCAGAAGGUAGUGACCAAGAAGGUAGUGCCACCGAUGGUAGUGACCCAGAAGGGAGUAACCCAGAAGGUGGUGACCCAGAAGGUAGUGACCCUGAAGGUAGUGAACCCAGAAGGUUGUGACCCAGAAGGUAGUGACCCAGAAGGUGGUAGUGACCCAGAUGGUAGUGACCCACAAGGUAGUGACCAAGAAGGUGACCUACCGAUGGUAGUGACCCCGAAGGUAGUGACCCAGAAGGUAGUGACCCAGAAGGUGGUGACCCUGAAGGUAGUGACCCAGAAGGUAGUGACCCAGAAGGUUGUGACCCACAAGGUAGUGACCCAGAAGGGAGUAACCCUGAAGGUAGUGACUCAGAAGGUAGUGACCCAGAAGGUAGUGACCCACAAGGUAGUGACCAAGAAGGUAGUGCCCCCGGUGGUAGUGACCCAGAAGGUAGUAACCCAGAAGGUAGUAACCCAGAAGGUAGUAACCCAGAAGGUAGAAACCCAGAAAGUAGUGACCCAGAAGGUAGUGACCCACAAGGUAGUGACCCAGAUGGUAGUGACCAAGAAGGUAGUGACCCCGAUAGGUAGUGACCCAGAAAGUAGUGACCCAGAAGGCAGUUACCCAGAAGGUAGUGACCCAGAAGGUAGUGACUCAGAAGGUAGUAACCCGGAAGUAGUAACCCAGAAGGUAGUAACGCGGAAGGUAUUAACCCAGAAGGUAGUGACCCAGAAGGUAGUUACCCAUAAGGUAGUGACCCUGAAGGUAGUAACCCAUGAAGUAGUGACCCAGAAGGUAGUGACCCAGAUGGUGGUGACCAAGAUGGUAGUGAGAGAGAAGGUAGUGACCCAGAAGGUAGUUACCCAUAAAGAAGUGACCCUGAAGGUAGUGAUCAAGAAGGUAGUGACCCAGAAACUAGUAACCCAGAAAGUAGUGACCCAGAAAGUAAUGACCAACAAGAGUGGUGACCCAGAAAGUAGUGACCUAGAAGGUAGUGACCCAGAAGGAAGUAACCCUGAAGGAAGUGACCCAGAAGGAAGUGACCCAGAAGGUAGUAACCCGGAAGUAGUAACCCAGAAGGUAGUAACCCUGAAAGUAGUGACCCACAAGGUAGUGACCCAGAAGAAAGUAGUGACCCAGAAGGUAGUAACCGGAAGUAGUAACCCAGAAUGUAGUAACCCAGAAAGUAGUGACCCACAAGGUAGUGAUCCACAAGGUAGUGUCCCAGAAAGUAGUAACCCAGAAGGUAGUGACCCUGAAGGUAGUGACCCAGAAGGUAGUGACUCAGAUGGUAGUGACCCAGAAGGUAGUAACCCGGAAGGUAGUGACCCAGAUGGUAAUGACCCAGAAGGUAGUGACUCAGAAGCUAGUAGUGACCCAAAUCGUAGUAACCCAGAAGGUAGUUACCUAGAGGAUAGUGACCCAAAAGGAAGUAAACCAGAAGGUAGUAACUUAGAGGAUAGUGACCCAGAAGGAAGUAAACCAGAAGGUAGUAACCCAGAAGAAGUAACCCAGAAGGCAGUAACCCAGAAGAAGUAA